AGAGCAUCGCAGAGAGAGAUAUUCUCAGCCUUUAUCUAAGCGAGUUUUUUUCGCUGUUUGCCAGCGACAAUGCGCUUUUUGAGUUUAGCGACAGUUUGUUCCGCUCUACUCGUUGCCCUCAUCGCACGGGGGUGCGCUCAAACUUCGAACAGGCAAAAGAGAUUCCUAAGUCAAGAUUUCUGGAAUCCCCUUUCUGAUAGUCUACUUGGACUUGGAGAUUAUGCCCGAGACCUUACAGAUCACAUCACUGCACAGGCCUCUGUGGCCAUGCAGCAUAUGAUCCCUCAGGCAACAAGGGCAGUUAGUGGUUUAGCACCUCGUGGCAGAAUACGGUCACAAGAAAUUGCAGAGCCGCAGCCAAAAAGAGGACUGAUAAGGGUUCCCGUUGGAAGAGAGACUGAAGGUGAUGAGAAAGAAGUUGAGGUCUUUGAUCCUGUGCAAGUUGAAAAACCUCAGAAACCAUCACAUCCAGGUGGUGGAAUAAUUCCCUUUAUUCCAUUCUCAUUUUCAUUUGGACUUCUAACACCUUGGUGGGAUGGGCCUAAUGUUUGUGUGGAAAGGAAUGAAGUUGAGGAACCAGAAGAAGAUACAAAAGAUAUUCCUGGAUUUAGCAUCAAUUUCCAAACCACACGUUGUGUGCCAUCAGAAUCUUCACACACGUGUAUAAAAACGACACAAACUAAUGGAAUGCGAAAGACAGUGAUCCUCAGAAGGCAGUGUUGCCAUGGUUACAUACGAAGGACAGAUGGAAGACCUGGAUGCAGCGCACUGAAAAUGGAAAAUCUGAUCGACACUAUGAAAUCACUGGAAAUGAAUAAAUUUCUGAACUGGAUUGACAACGCUGGCCUGAAGGAAAACUUACUGACAGAAAAUUACACAGUUUUUGCACCAUCAAAUGAUGCUAUAGUUGAUUUUGAAGAUGAUACGGAAGAUAAUGAAAUCUCUGCCAUAAAUCCAGCUAAACGUUUGAUUGAUGUUUCUUCAAUUGUGGCAGGCCAUAUAUUGGAGGGCUUCACAAACAUUGAUAACUUAGAAAAUGAAGAGCUUUUAAAUACCUUGACUGAGGCAUCUAAGAUUCGUAUCAAUAAAUAUCAGCCUGCACACGAAGUUGUGACAGCCAAUUGUAUACCCAUAAUCGGAAAAAAUAAUUUUGCAACAAAUGGAAUUGUACAUCUGGCGUCUGGAGUAUUGCCACAGCCAAAACAAACCGUAGGUGAACUAAUAGAAAAUGACAGCCAGUUUAAUACUUUCAAGAAGUUAUUGCUGGAAAGUAACUUCAUGGAAGAUCUCAAAAAGAGUGAACAACCAUGGACAUUAUUUGUGCCAACAGAUGAAGCCUUUAGACAAUUACCAAGAAGUUUACAAAAACAGAUUGAUUCUAAAGAAGGUUGCAUUGAAAGUAUACUGCAUCAACAUAUAAUAAAAGGAACCAUUUGCACACCUGCAGUUGUAAGUCAAAUGAGAGUAAAGAAUAUUUUAGACAACAGCCUUCAAUUAACAAAAGAUGAAAGUGAGAAAUUAAGAGUGGAUGGUGCUCUAAUAGAUGUCGAAAACACAAUGGGUACUAAUGGUGUUAUUCAUGUCAUUGACAAAGUUUUAAUUCCACCUCAAGCACGAAGUCUUUUGAAAGCUUUAGAAGAAGAAGAAAGAAGGGAUCUUUUAGACCUCAUAGAAUUGGCAGAUUUGAUAUCAACUUUAGAAGAGAUGCAAAAUGUUACUUUCUUUGUUCCAUCAGAAGAAGCUUUAAAAAGUUUAUCAAAUGAUACUUUACAAGAGUUGGUGGCCAAUCCAGAAUUACUCAAGAAAUUGCUGCAACAUCACUUAGUUCAGCCACGAACAUCUGGUAGCAUGUUUGCUGAUAACAAGAAACUUCAAACGAUGAAUGGUCAUGACAUACAUAUCACACUUCAUGAAGUGUUUCCUGGAAUUAUUACAGGAGCUACUGUACAAUGUGCUUAUGUCGUAAGCCACGAUAAUCAUGCUUGUGGAGCUGUUAUUCAUAAAAUCAAUAAGGUACUUAUGCCUCCAAAAGGCAGCAUAAUUGAAAUGCUGAAAGACAUGGAAGGUCAUGAUAUAGUAGUGAAACUACUUCAGAAUACAGAGUUAGAAACAAAGCUUCAAGAAGAUGGACCUUUCACAUUUUUAGCACCCAAUGAUGAAGCUUUUGAAAGACUAAGUGAUAGUCAGUUAGAAGAUUUGUUAGAAAAUAAAACCAAAGCAGAACAAAUAUUGAAGCUACAUGUUUUACCAGAACUAUUGUGCUGCAACCAAGUAAGCCAUGCAUCUCCCUUCCAUCGGCAAUUUGUUAGAACAUAUGACGGCAGCAUUUUACCACUUCACAGAGGAUUAGGAGAUAGAGUGAGAUUCGGAAGAGCCAGAGCAGUACAGUGUGACACAGCAGCUACAAAUGGACUUGUGCAUUCCAUUAAUAAAGUCAUAUUACCACAAAGGCCAACAACACACAUAUUUGGUAUGGACUUCUGGCCUUUUUUUAAGUAAUUACAACUGAAGAAACUAGGAGUGUUUUUCACUCUUUUACAUGUGUUAUAAUGAAAAUAGUAUUUUUGUAUGAGGUUUAAUUUAUUCAUAAUCCAUUUGUUCAGUUCAGUAAAACAGUUUUAUUGUA